AUGGCUAAGUUUCAGUUCCAAGGCCAAGAGCUGAUGCUCGAAUCUCAGCAGAAACAGGCAGAUGACUCUGAGCUGUGGAACACAGGAGAACGUCUUCUGCCUGAAGCCCGACGGCCACUGGGUGGACUGGUUCAUAACAAGGUAAAUGCCGAGCAGGCGUGCCACAGGAGCAAUGCCAGUAUCAUCAACCUGGUCAAUGAAGGACGCUACAUAGUGUCUCCAUACUAUUGCAUUAAAGUGAUAGUCAUUGCCUCUGGUGUGCCUCCCCUCUGUCUCCUCCUGCAGCGCACACUUCUCUGA